UUUCUCCGCAUUCAUCGUGAGUGCUGUCCCCCGCGGUGGACGCUCCGUCUGUAGGCUGUUUGUCGGACCACGCUGAGGUGUUUCUGUUGUCUCGUCUCAACUCACUUCUCCUCCUCGGCUGCGGGUCGACGUUUGGAUCGUGUCAGCAGCGGGCAGCAGACCUCGGCUAGGCUAGGCCUGAAUCCACCUCGCAAACACUUAUGGACUUUGAAAAACAAGCCUAGCAGUCUCCACAACCGCGUGUGAAUGGAGCAGUGUGCGAGUACGGCCUCCCUGCUGGCCUCGGUGCGGGAGCAGGAGAGGCAGUUUGAGAUGCUGAGCCGAGCUCUGGAGGAGGAGCGGAGGUCGUGUGCCGGCACCUUGCCCCGCCCCCUCCCCAACAUGCAGAACGGCCGCAUUCCUUGUGAUGCAGACAUAGAGAGGCUGACACUGAACGAGGGUUACAUCAACGGGACACAUCACUUCAGGAUGGAGCCUGGUCAGGUGAUGCAGGAGACGUACACAGUGGAGGAGGACCCCCAGGAGUCGCCACCCGUUGUCUCUGUGGAGACCAGUGAAGAUGGGACCACGCGGCGCACAGAAACCACAGUAAAGAAAGUGGUGAAGACCACCCACACUCGCACAGUCAUCCCCUCCGUAUCAGACACACUUUCCCUGGAUGGUGGGGGUUCAGUGACGGGUAUGGGGGCCUACCCUGCACCCAUGGUCUACAGGCAGGGGCCCGGAGCCGGUGUGCCCAUGGACUACCCCACUCAUACUGUGCCCCGCAACUACCACUACGGACCGCCAGGGGGCUACGACGACUACCGCACUGGACCCCCAUCUGAGACCUACGCAAGCCUUAGCAGGGGAGCUCGCAUGGAUGAUCGCUACAGACCGGUCCAUCCUGAUGGUUAUAGAACUCUGGAUCCAAGCUAUAGAGCCCACAGCAGGAACCAGCUCGACCCCUAUGCUGCUCAGCCACAGGUUGGACGUAUGGGAAGUGCCCUGGAGCUAUCCUCCAUCCCGAGGUUUGUCCCAGAGCCGUACGGUCUGGAAGACGAUCAGCGCAGCAUUGGUUAUGAUGAGCCUGACUAUGGCAUGGGACACCCAAUGCACUACAGCACCGUUCCCCGCAACCACAAUGCAUUCCUUCAUGGACCCCCACGCAGAACUGGGAGUUAUGAGGGUACCUUGGAUGGCGACAUGAGUGGUCCAGGGGACAUGUACUAUUGGGGGGGAGGAGCACCGCUGGCCCAGGGUGAAAGAGGUAGCAUGGCUUCGUUGGACAGCACUCUAAGGAAAGGGCCCGGUCCCAGUGGCUGGCGUCAGCCGGAGCUGCCAGAGGUUAUCGCCAUGCUCAACUACAGGCUGGACCCAGUCAAGAGCAAUGCAGCAGCAUACCUGCAGCAUCUCACCUAUAAGAACGAUAAAGUGAAGUCUGAUGUGCGUCGUCUGAAAGGCAUCCCAGCGCUGGUCUCUAUGCUUGAUAACCCAAACAAAGAGGUUCACUAUGCAGCUUGUGGAGCACUAAAGAACAUCUCAUAUGGCAAAGAUGCAGACAACAAGAUCGCCAUCAAAAACUGUGACGGAGUGCCUGCUCUGGUCAGGCUGCUGAGAAAGACCCGCGACCAGGACCUCACUGACACUAUCACAGGGACGCUGUGGAACUUAUCGUCCCACGACUCUGUGAAAAUGGAGAUUGUGGAUCACGCGCUGCACGCCCUCUCUGACGAGGUGAUUGUACCUCAUUCGGGAUGGGAGAGAGGAAGCAACGGAGCAGGAGGAGGGGAAGAGAACUGCAAGCCCAGGCAUCUUGAGUGGGAGACGGCCAUCACCAAUACAGCCGGCUGCCUGAGAAAUGUGAGUUCAGAGCGAAGUGAGGCAAGGAGGAAGCUGAGGGAGUGCACGGGACUGGUCGAUUCGCUCAUGUACAUCGUCCAAUCCCAGAUUGACUGUAAAGAUGUUGACAAUAAGUUGAUAGAGAACAGCGUGUGUCUGCUGAGGAACUUGUCCUAUCAGGUGCAUCGUGAAAUCCCCGGCUAUGAGCGCUACCAGGAGGCCGCGCCCCUCAACCAGGGCCCAGCCCCCUCCAGCCAGAAGGGCGGCUGCUUCAGCUCCCGCAAGAGCAAAGAUGAGUGGUUUUCCAAAGGUAGGAAAGAUGACGAUGCAACAACAGAUAUCAUAGACAUUCCAAAGAGGACCUCACCUGCUAAAGGCUAUGAGCUGUUGUACCAGCCAGAGGUGGUCCGCAUCUACACCUCUCUGCUAAAGGAGUCCAAGAACCCCACCGUGCUGGAAGCCUCGGCCGGAGCCAUUCAGAACCUGUGUGCCGGACGCUGGACUUAUGGGCGAUACAUCCGUGCCUUGCUGCGCCAGGAGAAGGGUCUACCCAUGCUGACAGAGCUGCUGGCCCACGGCAACGACCGCGUCGUCCGUGCCAUGUCUGGAGCCCUCCGCAACCUGGCCAUUGAUUCACGCAACAGAGAUCUACUAGGUAGACAUGCGGUGCCUCCGCUGGUGGCCAACCUGCCCGGCGGUGGUCAGAGUCAGCCGGUGCGAGCGCUGUCGGAAGAGACGGUGGUGUCGGUACUGAGCACGCUCCAUGAGGUGCUGGGCUCCAGCCUGGAAUCAGCCAAGACCCUCAGGGCCUCACAGGGAAUCGAGAGACUGGUGCUCAUUAAUAAGGACGGCAACCGCUCUGAGCGGGAGGUGCGUGGGGCCGGCCUGGUGCUGCAGACAGUGUGGGGCUACAAGGAGCUGCGGCGCACUUUGGAGAAGGACGGCUGGAAGAAGACAGACUUCAUGGUCAACCUAAACCCUCCCAGCAACAACACCAGGGCCAACGGAGGAUAUGAGGACAGCACUCUGCCGCUCAUAGGGGGCAAAGGGGACCGGGACAUGAUUCCAAUGAAUGACAUGGGACCAGAUGCCUACUCCACACUGGACCAGAGAGGGAGAAGGAACACUCUGGAUAACACACUCGAACCUGCUGACAAAGACGCAGUACAGGGAGGGAUGUAUGGGGAGAGGCAGGCCUCUUUGCCUCUAAUGGAUUCUUACGAUGGUUAGGCUACACCCACUGUCACACUGCAUGUCAGCGCAUGAAAAACUGAUUGUGUGCAUUACAAGACGACAGCCUCCUCCCACCUACUGCCCUUGCUGAACUGACAAUGGGGGACCACUACACUACCGAUGGGACUAAACUCCAUCCUUAACUCUUCUGUCUCUCUUCACUCUAUUGCAGCUUCUCGUCUCUCUCUUUCUCUUUAUUACAUUCCCCCAUUGCAGCUGACAAACUAUUGAAACCACAUGGAAAAACUGACGUGAAUCUCCGCUCCCUGUGGACAAACCGGACGAGACACUAUGACCACUUUGUGCUCUGUGGGUCCCUGAGCUCCAAAAACACUAACCACUCGAUCGGAGGCCGUGGCCACAACACUACAUCUCCACGCAACAAUGCUACAACACUACAACUUGCCUGGACAACACUAAUUCUCCCUGCGACUAAAAAGCAGAGACUGUGGCUUCAUCUGAGAACUUUUCUAUGUCUUGGAGGUCGGAGCGUAGACUUAGACUAAUUAGAAAGAACUGUGGGGAUCAGAGCAGGACACUUUUUGGGGAAAUUUUACAUAAAUGGAUAUUACACUAUGUUUCGAAGAAACUGAGGGAAUGUGUCUUUUUCUCUCUCUCUUUCUGUUAGUUAAAUACUACAAAAAAUAUCUUUCCUACCACUGAUGUUUAACAAUCUAAUCAGAUUUGUUGUUUUGGUAGUGGUAAUUCCUCUUCUUGCUUUGCUCUGUACCACAGUAAUGCACAUGUGCCAAAUGACACUGCUACAGUUGCGACUGCCAAUAUUGAAUGCAAGAACUUCACACUUUUUGCAGCAGCUACACUGAAAAACUCAUCAUCUGCUUUGUUUUGUGCGCAGUUUGUGUCGGUGACAGUCCAUCGCCAAGAUGCAUGGGGAUGCUGCAUUUUCUGUAUUUGAUUGUGAUCCAUAGAUAUAAGAGUGGAGGUCCAAGUAUGGAGAAUUCCUACAGACAGAACUAGAGACAUUAUUUUCUAUCUCAUUGGAAUAGACAGUAUAGUCUGUUCUACAUUUCUAAAGUGUUUCUGUUAAAUGUAGGCCCCUUAACUUUGUAAUUAUUGGGAGGUUUCACAGGAUUCCAUGGGUGCAUUACCCUUAUAUGUCUGUAAUCUUAUGAAUGUGUACAUACAAGUGUCUAAGAGCAUCUGUGUGGGCUAACUGGAGUGCCUCACUCAUUCAGGAUAGGUCUGAUGGGUUUGUCCAACAUGACAAGGGUUAACCAAUCAAGGUGUGUUUUUCUCAGCAGUUGGGAAUACUGUAUAUGGAACUCAGCAGUUAUAUUCUGCAAGAUAAUGGAAUAUGUGAACUUGUAUGUAUGUAAGAGUUGAUUCUUGUCAUUGGGAUUGGUUUUUUACAAGGUAUAUAACCUGUGAGUUCUCUUUAAUUUACUGCUAUCCUUAGCCUACCUGGCUUUAAGACUACAGAAUAGUACAUGGGAAAAGACACAGUAUUGUCUGUUUUUGCCCGCGUUUCUUACGUACAGUGCUUGUUCUGUAGAAGAAUGCAUAUUCUUAGUGCCGAGUGAGAUGUAGAUACUUACUGAGUGGAUGAUUAAAAGAAGCACUAGGGGGGUAUAAUGUGUGUUUUUCUUUUUUUUCCUCCUUUUUUUAUUUUUACCUUUCCUUUUAUUUGUUUUCCAUGCCAAUUGAAACACUACUUCUCAAAGUAACAAGUUGCCUUCAAGAAUGGACUGACUAAAAGAGGGGAAUAGAGGAGAGCAAGGGUUUGUGUCAGAAAAUCUGUGUAAGAGGCCAGAAUCUGCUAUUAGAUAAAGUGUAGAAAAAAAAAUAAAAGCACAUUUAAACUAUAUAUACAAGAGAAUAUUUGUUAAUUUUGGUUUUAUGUAUUUCUUUUUUUUUAAUAUUGAUUUGGGUUUAAUUGUUUUGGGUGCUCUGGGUGAAAGCAUAUGCAAUCAGUUUAUAUGUUUUGAUUGAAAACAUUCAGUUUAUGUCUUAAUUAAAUGCAAAACAAGUUAGCUAAUCAAAAAUCCUCCAACACAGUCAUCAGAUACUGGAACACUAAUGGAAAAAUCUGAUUCUGGACUACACCAUAAUCUCUUUGCCUUGGCUCUUAAAGUUGCACAUUCUCAUUUAUGAAUGAAUUAUGUAACUAGCAAUACUGUUUUUAAUAAAAAAGAAAAUGAUUUCUCA